UACAACCACACAGGGCGUGAUUCGAUGCUCGUUACCGGGAACAUGAGACCACCAAAGCACCAGCACCUAGUGCUGGCUGUGGUGGCAGCACUAGCAGUCAGCGCUGUCCUGUCACAGGACUAUGGCGCGACAGGCUACAGCUACACGUGGAGCAGCGGAGGACAGGCUAGCACGGGAGGACAGUACGGCAGCAGCUGGCAGUAUAGCACGGGAGGACAGUCAGGAAGUGGGGGGUCCUCUAGCGGAGGGCAGUACGGAAGUGGUGGAUCUUCUGGCACCGGAGGGCAAUACGGAAGUGGUGGAUCUUCUGGAUCCGGAGGGCAAUACGGAAGUAGUGGAUCUUCUGGAUCCGGAGGGCAAUACGGAAGUGGUGGAUCUUCUGGAUCCGGAGGGCAAUACGGAAGUAGUGGAUCUUCUGGAUCCGGAGGGCAAUACGGAAGUGGUGGAUCUUCUGGAUCCGGAGGGCAAUACGGAAGUAGUGGAUCUUCUGGAUCCGGAGGGCAAUACGGAAGUGGUGGAUCUUCUGGAUCCGGAGGGCAGUACGGAAAUGGUGGAUCUUCUGGAUCCGGAGGACAGUACGGAAGUGGAGGAUCUUCUGGAUCCGGAGGGCAGUACGGAAGUGGUGGUCAGUCUGGGACGUCUAGAUCAGGUUCAAUUGACAAUUACAAGUGCCCCAAACCAGACGGACAGUUCGAGUACGCAGCAGACUGCUCCAAGUUCUACCAGUGUGACAGUGGUACCCCGACCCUCGCUGAUUGCCAACCUGGCCUCGUCUUCAACGCCGAGAAGAGCUACUGUGACUGGCCAGGGGAUGUGCAGAAAUCAAACUGUGCCACCGUGAAGAAAAAUGAAUACCUCUCACCGGAAACACAAGGCCUCUGUGACCAAGGGGUGCCCAACGCGAACUUCCUAGUGGCCCACCCCGUGUUCUGUAACGCCUUCUACACUUGCAGCUCCAGCUAUCUGUUCGCCCCUUGCACCUUCUGUGGCGAAGGACUUUACUUCAAAACGGGUGAGCUGACAUGCAGUGACCACCGCGGGAUGGACGUGCAGGCCCUGUGUGGCAAGAAGCUGUACGUCAGACACGAGGACAAGACCACGCUACAGGAGGACGGCUCAUGCUGGCCCUACACUGACAGGCCUAACCCUCACGCCAAGAACCAGACAAGACAGUAUCAGUAUGGUUAUGUGAAGAGUGGAAGCGGUUCUGGUUAUGGUCAAGGAGGAAGUGGUUCUGGUUAUGGUCAAGGUGGUAGUGGUUCUGGUUAUGGUCAAGGUGGUAGUGGGUCUGGUUAUGGAAUGGGUGGUAGUGGGUCUGGAAGAGGAAAUGACAGAUCUGGAAGCGGCAGUGGAUAUGGUAGCACUGGUGGUAGCGGCAGUGGUUAUGGUAGCACUGGUGGUAGCUCUAGUGGUAGCGGCAGUACUAGCGGCAAUGGUUAUGGUAGCACUGGUGGUAGCGGCAGUGGUUAUGGUAGCACUGGUGGUAGCUCUACUGGUAGCGGCAGUGGUAGCGGCAGUGGUUAUGGUAGCACUGGUGGUAGCUCUACUGGUAGCGGCAGUGGUAGCGGCAGUGGUUAUGGUAGCACUGGCGGUAGCGGCAGUGGUUAUGGUAGCACUGGUGGUAGCUCUACUGGUAGCGGCAGUGGUAGCGGCAGUGGUUAUGGUAGCACUGGCGGUAGCGGCAGUGGUUAUGGUAGCGGCAGUGGUUAUGGUAGCACUGGUGGUAGCGGCAGUGGUUAUGGUAGCACUGGCGGUAGCGGCAGUGGUUAUGGUAGCACUGGUGGUAGCGGCAGUGGUUAUGGUAGCACUGGUGGUAGCGGCAGUGGUUAUGGUAGCACUGGAGGUAGCGGCAGUGGUUAUGGUAGCACUGGCGGUAGCGGCAGUGGUUAUGGUAGCACUGGUGGUAGCUCUAGUGGUAGCGGCAGUGGUUAUGGUAGCACUGGCGGUAGCGGCAGUGGUUAUGGUAGCACUGGUGGUAGCUCUAGUGGUAGCGGCAGUGGUUAUGGUAGCACUGGUGGUAGCGGCAGUGGUUAUGGUAGCACUGGUGGUAGCUCUACUGGUAGCGGCAGCGGCAGUGGUAGCCGCAGUGGUAGCUCUAGUGGUAGCGGCAGUGGUUAUGGUAGCACUGGUGGUAGCUCUACUGGUAGCGGCAGUGGUUAUGGUAGCACUGGUGGUAGCGGCAGUGGUUAUGGUAGCACUGGUGGUAGCGGAAGUGGUUAUGGUAGCACUGGUGGUAGCGGAAGUGGUUAUGGUUCCUCUGGUAGCAGUGGCUACGGUUCCUCUGGUAGCAGUGGCUACGGUUCCUCUGGCAGCAGUGGCUACGGUUCCUCUGGUAGCAGUGGUUCCUCAAGUGGCAAUCAAGUUCCGGUCAAACCUGACCCAACGUGCAUGAAAUACCAACCAGCUGGAAAGUCUACUGAUGGUUUCUUUGUACCCCAUCCCAAAUACUGUAACGCCUACUACACCUGUGAUCCCAACCGUAUCAUUGGAGCCUGCAUGUUUUGCCCAAUCACCAUGUACUAUAGUGAGGCAACAGGAGGUUGUGAGGUACUGACGGACGUUGCAAGUUCUUGCGGAACGAAAGAAAAUGUCCCUCACGACCAGAAGGUCUACAGACAAGCGGACGGUAACUGUAGCAGUUCAGGACCCGCUCCUGGAAGCGAUAGAACUGGUAGCGGCAGUGGUUAUGGUAGCCCAAGUGGUUAUGGUAGCCCAAGUGGUUAUGGAACACCAAGUGGUUCUGGAAGCCCAAGUGGUUAUGGUAGCCCAAGCGGUUAUGGAACACCAAGUAGUUAUGGAACACCAAGUGGUUCUGGAAGCCCAAGUGGUUAUGGUAGCCCAAGUGGUUAUGGCAGCCCAAGCGGUUAUGGAACACCAAGUGGUUCUGGAAGCCCAAGUGGUUAUGGUAGCCCUAGUGGUUAUGGCAGCCCAAGCGGUUAUGGAACACCAAGUGGUUCUGGAAGCCCAAGUGGUUAUGGUAGCCCAAGUGGUUAUGGAACACCAAGUGGUUCUGGAAGCCCAAGCGGUUAUGGAACACCAAGUAGUUAUGGAACACCAAGUAGUUAUCGUAGCCCAAGUAGUUAUGGAACACCAAGUGGUUCAGGAAGCCCAAGUGGUUAUGGAACACCAAGUAGUUACGGCAGCCCUAGUGGUAGCGGCGGUGGCUACGGUUCCUCUGGUAGCAGUGGUUCCUCAAGUAACACUGGCAAUCAAGUUCCGGUCAAACCUGACCCAACGUGCAUGAAAUACCAACCAGCUGGAAAGUCUACUGAUGGUUUCUUUGUACCCCAUCCCAAAUACUGUAACGCCUACUACACCUGUGAUCCCAACCGUAUCAUUGGAGCCUGCAUGUUUUGCCCAAUCACCAUGUACUUUAGUGAGGCAACUGGAGGUUGUGAAGUACUGACGGACGUUGCAAGUUCUUGCGGAACGAAAGAAAAUGUCCCUCACGACCAGAAGGUCUACAGACAAGCGGACGGUAACUGUAGCAGUUCAGGACCCGCUCCUGGAAGCGACAGAACUGGUAGCGGCAGUGGUUAUGGUAGCCCAAGUGGUUAUGGUAGCCCAAGUGGUUAUGGUACACCAAGUGGUUAUGGUAGCCCAAGUGGUUAUGGUAGCCCAAGUGGUUACGGUAGCCCAAGUGGUUAUGGAACACCAAGUGGUUAUGGAACACCAAGUGGUUCUGGAAGCCCAAGUGGUUAUGGUAGCCCAAGCGGUUAUGGAACACCAAGUGGUUAUGGAACACCAAGUGGUUCUGGAAGCCCAAGUGGUUAUGGUAGCCCAAGCGGUUAUGGAACACCAAGUGGUUCUGGAAGCCCAAGUGGUUAUGGAACACCAAGUGGUUAUGGAACACCAAGUGGUUCUGGAAGCCCAAGUGGUUAUGGUAGCCCAAGCGGUUAUGGAACACCAAGUGGUUCUGGAAGCCCAAGUGGUUAUGGAACACCAAGUGGUUAUGGAACACCAAGUGGUUCUGGAAGCCCAAGUGGUUAUAGUAGCCCAAGUAGUUAUGGCACACCAAGUGGUUAUGGUAGCCCAAGUGGUUAUGGAACACCAAGUGGUUCUGGAAGCCCAAGUGGUUAUGGUAGCCCAAGUAGUUAUGGUAGCCCUAGUGGUAGCGGCAGUGGUUAUGGUUCCUCUGGUAGCAGUGGCUACGGUUCCUCUGGUAGCAGUGGUUCCUCAAGUAACUCUGGAAGUCAAGUUCCGGUCAAACCUGACCCAACGUGCAUGAAAUACCAACCAGCUGGAAAGUCUACUGAUGGUUUCUUUGUACCCCAUCCCAAAUACUGUAACGCCUACUACACCUGUGAUCCCAACCGUAUCAUUGGAGCCUGCAUGUUUUGCCCAAUCACCAUGUACUAUAGUGAGGCAACUGGAGGUUGUGAAGUACUGACGGACGUUGCAAGUUCUUGCGGAACGAAAGAAAAUGUCCCUCACGACCAGAAGGUCUACAGACAAGUGGACGGUAACUGUAGCAGUUCAGGACCCGCUCCUGGAAGCGACAGAACUGGUAGCGGAAGUGGUUAUGGUAGCCCAAGUGGUUAUGGUAGCCCAAGUGGUUAUGGUAGCCCAAGUAGUUAUGGCAGCCCAAGUGGUUAUGGUAGCCCAAGUGGUUAUGGUAGCCCAAGUGGUUAUGGAACACCAAGUGGUUCAGGAAGCCCAAGUGGUUAUGGCAGCCCAAGCGGUUAUGGCACACCAAGUGGUUCUCGAAGCCCAAGUGGUUCUGGUAGCCCAAGUGGUUAUGGUAGCCCAAGUGGUUAUGGAACACCAGGUGGUUCAGGAAGCCCAAGUGGUUAUGGUAUCCCAAGCGGUUAUGGCACACCAAGUGGUUCUGGAAGCCCAAGUAGUUAUGGCAGCCCAAGUGGUUAUGGUAGCCCAAGUAGUUACGGUAGCCCCAGUGGUAGCGGCAGUGGUUAUGGUUCCUCUGGUAGCAGUGGCUACGGUUCCUCUGGCAGUAGUGGCUACGGUUCCUCUGGCAGCAGUGGCUACGGUUCCUCUGGUAGCAGUGGCUACGGUUCCUCUGGCAGCAGUGGCUAUGGUUCCUCUGGCAGCAGUGGCUACGGUUCCUCUGGUAGCAGUGGUUCCUCAAGUAACACUGGCAAUCAAGUUCCGGUCAAACCUGACCCAACGUGCAUGAAAUACCAACCAGCUGGAAAGUCUACUGAUGGUUUCUUUGUACCUCAUCCCAAAUACUGUAACGCCUACUACACCUGUGAUCCCAACCGUAUCAUUGGAGCCUGCAUGUUUUGCCCAAUCACCAUGUACUUUAGUGAGGCAACUGGAGGUUGUGAAGUACUGACGGACGUUGCAAGUUCUUGCGGAACGAAAGAAAAUGUACCUCACGACCAGAAGGUCUACAGACAAGUGGACGGUAACUGUAGCAGUUCAGGACCCGCUCCUGGAAGCGACAGAACUGGUAGCGGAAGUGGUUAUGGUAGCCCAAGUGGUUAUGGUAGCCCAAGUGGUUAUGGUAGCCCAAGUGGUUAUGGUAGCCCAAGUGGUUAUGGUAGCCCAAGUGGUUAUGGUAGCCCAAGUGGUUAUGGAACACCAAGUGGUUCUGGAAGCCCAAGUGGUUAUGGUAGCCCAAGUGGUUACGGAACACCAAGUGGUUCUGGAAGCCCAAGUGGUUAUGGCAGCCCAAGUGGUUAUGGCACACCAAGUGGUUCUGGAAGCCCAAGUGGUUAUGGUAGCCCAAGUGGUUAUGGCACACCAAGUGGUUCUGGCAGCCCAAGUGGUUAUGGAACACCAAGUGGUUCUGGCAGCCCAAGUGGUUAUGGUAGCCCAAGUGGUUAUGGUAGUCCAAGUGGUUCAGGAAGCCCUAGUGGUUAUGGCACACCAAGUGGUUCUGGUAGCCCAAGUGGUAGCGGAAGAGGUUACGGUAGCCCAAGUGGUAGCGGCAGUGGUUACGGUAACCAAGGAAACCAGGGUGAAGGUCUCAGCAUGUGUAACGACAUCAAUGCUGUCAAGAGAGACGAAGGGUACUUCGUGCCCCAUCCAGACUACUGCAACGCCUUCUACACGUGUAGCCCCGCCCGCAUCGUGGGAGCGUGCAUUUUCUGUCCAGUCACCAUGUAUUACAACAAUGCCACGGGCGCAUGCGUAGUGACCGGUGGACAAAACAUCAACACACUUUGUGGAGGCAAAGAGUACGUGGCACAUGAGGAUAAGGUUUACAGGCAGGAGGAUGGAACCUGCUCCUCAACGGGAGAGAGGGUUUCAGGAUCUGGGGGCAGGGGGAGGGGAAAUAACCCAGGGGACAGAAGUGGUAUGGGAGGUAAUAAUAAUAAUAAUAAUAAUAAUAAUAAUAAUAAUAACCCCAGGGGCAACAGUGAUGGGAACAAACAAGGAAGUAAAGGAGGGGAUAUGGGUCACGACGGUGACAAGAACAAGCCUGUUGAUGGGUGGGGAAACAGCAACCCGGGGACGGGAAAAGGCUGGGGGUCUGAUGACGACGAUGAUAGCAUGAGCAACAAAGGCAGGUCUGGAAGCUCGGGGUGUAGUGGGGGCGGCUGUGGGGGGUCGGGGUCAGGGUGCGGCUCAGGUGGGUGCGGCAACCCGUUUUUGAAUCAGAACAAGGCCGCUGGUUGUAAUGGAGGCUGCGGUGGAGGGUGUGGGGGCGGCAAAUGUGGCGGAAGUGGGGGGUGUGGAUCAGGAAGCUGCGGCUAACCAGCUAACACUGUUUGGAUGAAUGGAGAAGCGACGUUAUAAGUUAUUAUAGUUUAUGUUUUUUUU